GCAAAUCUUGCAUCAACACAAGAGAUAAGAACACUGCAACAAAUAAAUUCGCAGAAGAAUGGCUUAUGCUAUCAACUUACCCGUUCCAUCACUCCGCAAAUCUCCCAAAUCUAUCAUCAAUCCUUCAACGAGCUUUUUUCAACGUGAUUUUCAUGUAAGCAGUUUCACAACAAUCAGUAAAUCAAAAAGCUACAGAAAAAGAACAGUGAUCGUGUGUGUGCUUCCACUGGGAGUUGAUCCAUGGGCACCUUCCAUUGAUUCACAGAGUAUCGCUUCACAGUUAUUCGCGUUUUCAUUGUUUCCUUACAUUGGUUUUUUGUACUUCAUUACCAAAUCCAAAACUUCUCCUAACCUCACUUUAUUUGGAUUCUACUUUUUGCUUGCGUUUGUUGGUGCCACAAUUCCAGCUGGAAUUUAUGCUAAGGUGCAUUAUGGAACUUCUUUGUCCAAUGUGGAUUGGUUACAUGGUGGGGCUGAGUCUCUUCUCACUCUCACCAACUUGUUCAUUGUGUUGGGUUUAAGAGAGGGCAUCAGAAAAGCUGGAAAUUCGGAGAAAAACACGGGAUUGGAUGAGGAGAAGUAAACCGGGGACGAAGGUCUGAUAUUUUGAUCCAUUGUUCUUACUAUUAUUGCCAGUUUUGUAGUAAUUUGUUCCAUUGACUCGGAUGUGCCUCCAAAUUUUGUGUGUGAUGUAUGAUAUUUGUCUUAAAUUGCCAUCCUCUGGAUUUUUUGUAAAUAAUUUGGAUAUAAAUUCUGUAUUUCUGUAAUUUAUCAUUAAUUGGAAUGAAAUAUUGAAUUUUGGUGUGCAA